CCGGGCAGGGAGAAACGUAGAGAUCAACCUCAAAGCCUGUUUUUGUUGGGAGGACUGGAUUUCAUUAAUUUAUGAGAUAAGGUCCAGCCAACAAUGCCGGACGGACUUUCUAACAAGCUCUAUCGCUUAAGCGAUACGUUUAUCUUUUCUUCAAAGAGAGAACGGACUAACAGGAUCUGAAAGCAUUAUGAGACAGCAAGCAUGCACUGACUUCCAGUCUGCAAGUUUCCUGCGGGGUACCACACUGAAAGUCCAGUUUCUUCUUUUCCCCUCUUCAAAUCCCAGCUGUGGACAGCUGCUUUCAAUACAUGAGGACAUCCAGAAUUCCAGCUUCAAUGCUAGCUUGGGAACCAAAAUAAUCAUCCAUGGUUUCAGGGCACUAGGCACAAAGCCAUCCUGGAUGGAUGGGCUAAUUAAGGCCUUGCUGCAGGCAGCCCAAGCCAAUGUGAUUGCUGUUGACUGGGUCCACGGAGCUACAGCAGCCUAUCAUACUGCAGUGGGAAAUGUUAUGAAGUUGGGCCUGGAAAUAUCCAGUUUUAUCCAAAAGUUGCUGACCAUGGGAGUGCCACAGACAUCUAUCCACCUUAUUGGGGUGAGCCUUGGAGCCCAUGUUGGUGGUCUCGUGGGCCAUUUCUAUGAAGGCCAACUGGGAAGGAUUACUGGUUUGGAUCCCGCAGGGCCCAAGUACACCAGAGCCAGCCGUGAGGAGCGCCUGGAUCCUGGGGAUGCUCUCUUUGUGGAAGCCAUUCACACAGAUGCAGACAAUUUUGGUAUCCGGAUACCUGUAGGCCACAUUGAUUACUACGUCAAUGGAGGCAGAGAUCAGCCUGGAUGUCCACGUUUCAUAUCAUCUGGCUAUAACUACCUGAUCUGUGAUCAUAUGAGAGCGGUGCAUUUCUACAUUAGUGCCUUGAGUGACUCCUGCCCUAUGAUGGCUUUCCCUUGCUCCAGUUACAAGAAUUUCUUAGCUGGUCACUGCUUAGACUGUUUUAACCCUUUUUUGGUCUCCUGUCCUACAAUAGGACUAUUGGACAAUGGAGGAGUCAACAUGGAAAAACUGCCCACAGAGGUGAAAGUGUACUUGGCUACAGCUGCAUCAGCUCCGUACUGUGUGUACCAUAGCCUGGUGGAAUUUCACUUGCAGAAGAGGAGGACUUUGGACACCAACAUUGAGAUAAUCUUCCUCAGCAGCAACUCCUCAUUCAGCACCAGUAUUAUAAUACCCAUGCAUCAGACCACAGGCAGAGGCCUUCUGACCCACUCUGACCCACUGUGCCAGAUGGAAAGCUUGACGCUGCAAUACCGUCCCAAGAGCUGGAUGAGGAAUAAAGAUGAGGCUCCUGUUGUUGGCCAGUUCUGUACUGCUCUUCUGCCUGUAGAUACUAGUGAGAAGAUGUUCUGCCUGUCUCAGCUGCUGACUCUGACACAAGAGAACCCCCUUCUCCAUAGCCUCCCCAUUGUCUGUGACUAGCACAAUUUAGUACAGAGGUAACUACAGGGUUCUAAGGGUGAAGACAUAUAUUAUAAAAUCAAAAGUGUGGUGGGAUGUCAGGAAAUUUUGCUCUAAGCAGGCACAAAUACAAAAAUCCCCUAUAUUCAUAUGUUUACUUGAAAUGAAUGCAACCCACAUUUGUUAAAUCCACAGAUUAUAUGUUAAAGCUGUUAUCAUGAUGCUCUAUAGAGGUUAAGAACCCUGCAGGGAGAUGGCUAAUUGAUGGCUCAUAAGCUGCUUCAUUCAUUUACUUUGAAAGAGAACAUACAGGGAAGUGAUUAACACAAGGUAUUUUUUGGCUGAGGGGCUGCCAGGGUGUGAGGAAAGUAUAUAGGUACCUCUUUGCUUUUCUUAUUUCUGAAGUGUUCUUUGUUGCCAAAGACAGUCUAUAUGCUAUGCAAUCUUAGCCAUGUCUACUCAGAAGUAAAUACCAUUGAAUUAAGCGAGGCUUACUCUCAGGUAAGUGGCAUUAAGGUUUAACCCUUAAUCUGCUUCCUAUUGUGAAUUUUGAAUACCAAUGGAAUGCAUUUCCCUGGGUUCCAUCUUGCCAUGGGUGGUACCUGUGUGGGUUCCACUGCCAUCUUCUACCCAAGCUGUGCACCUCUGAGGACAUGUGGGACUUUACAACAAUGACCUCCUCUGCCUAGAACUUCUUCUCUCAUUACCACUACUUGCCUCAGUUCCUCAGAAUCCCUUCCUACAAAGCACAGCUUUGUCUCCCAUGUCAUCCAAAGGGAAAGACGGAAUAAAAACAAACAUGGCGGAGAGGAGCAAGACGGCAGAAACAGGUAGCGACAUUGGAAUAGAUGAAAUUAUCACAGGAAACCUAAACAAAUAUGCUGCUGUUCCACCAGGGUAUUUUGGACAACCAAAAAAGGGACAUCUUGUAUUUGACGCCUGCUUUGAAAGUGGUAACCUUGGACAUGUGGAUCGUAUUACUGAAUUUGAGUAUGAUCUGUUCAUCAGACCAGAUAUGUGUAAUCCUUGUUUUCGAGUCUGGUUCAACUUCACAGUUGAAAAUGUGAAAGAAUCUGAGACCUCCUUCACCAUGGGAAGAGACCAGACAGCACAGACAGAAAUUUCUACAGAAGACAGACCACCAGAUUGAUACUCUUAGAAAUCUUAUAAUUUUGUUGGUUUGAAUUCUUGUAGAUUGUGUUGUUUUGAUUUGUAUUUAUGUCUUUCUAUUUGUCCACUCAGCCUUCCAUCCAUCCAUGGUCGGUAAAAUGAGUACCCGGCAUAUGCUGGGGGGUAAAGAAAGGCCGGGGAAGGAACUGGCAAUCCCACCCCAUAUAUACGGUCUGCCUAGUAAACAUCGCAAGACGUCACCCUAAGAGUCGGAAACGACUCGCACUACAAGUGCGGGGACACCUUCACCUUUUUAUUUGUGUGUGAGCCGCCUUGGGGGCCUUUUUGGCCGAAAGGCAUCCUAGAAAUAAACGCUAACAUAACGUAACAUAUAACAUAACAUUACUCUUGUAAAAAGAACAAUAAAGAAGCAAUCUCUCCUGUGGAAUUUAUCUGUGCUCCUCCAUUAAUUAAAGUCCUAGAUUUGACUGCCCAAUUUUGGCCACCCUAAAUUCUUUUAAAAGUAAAAUUAAAUUUCACAUUGCUCCCCCUCCCCUGAAUUUUUCUUGAUGCAUAACUGAACUGUACCUCCCUGGUGCCUGAGUGACGGAAAUAGGAUAGGCUAACAAGUUUAUACUUAACUGUGAAAUCAAGCUAGUGAUCUCACAGUAUGCCCCAUAUUGUGGGAGUAGGCCCCACACUUACAGCUGAAUAGACCUGGUUAGGUUGGCCAUUAGCCACCAUUAACUUUUAUCUUUAAGGUAUCUCAAAGUUCUUUGUUGGCAGGAAAUGUGUGUUCAAAUCACUUCGGCUGCAGUUUUGAAUGUGUCUGUCUUUAGCCAAAGCUAUUGCAUUCCGUCAAAAUGUAGAUAUUCCUCUCCAGGGUUGCAAUCCUGGAGAGAAAAAAAGAGUUCUGGAAGUAUGCAGCAGAAUUUGCUUGCAUAUGGCACUGACUGUCUGCCUCUUCCCAAUUAUAUCACCAAUGCUGCCUCCAGAUUGUCACUAUUUUGCAGGAUGGAGUCAAUCACAUAUCAGAAAUGUAUCUGGCACAUUAAAAUCACGUUUAAAAAAAGAGACCUUUUGCAGUAAAGGAAGUGACCAGGAAAUGCACUUAAAAGUCUGGAUUAUGACUGAAUGACGUGAAGUUGUAUAACCUCUCUGCAGACAAACCAGAACAAAUAUUUAAUAAAGAUUGGACAUUGUGUAA